CUUCAUCAACAACACCUGUUUACCAACGGACACCUCUUUUUCAACGUUUUGUGUUAUUAUCAACAAAAAUGGUUCGCCGAGACUACGAUAAAGACAAAGAAUCACUCAGGUCCUUCCUGAUGGAGUUCUGCAUCCAGGACGGCUCCGGCCACAAAAACUUCAAGUACUCAAACCAGCUAACCAAACUAGCGCACCGGGAGCAAACCGCGCUGGUCAUCGAACUGGACGACGUGCACGACCACGACGACGAGCUAGCCCUAGCCAUAAUAAGCAACACCCGACGAUAUGGCAACAUCAUGUCCGACGUAGUCUUCGAGCUUUUACCCACCUUCGUGGACCACGAAGUGGUGGCCAAAGACGCCUUGGACGUCUACAUCGAGCACCGGCUCAUGAUGGAGCAGCGGCUGAGACAGCCGAACGAGCAGCGCGACGCUAGGAAUAAAUUUCCGCCAGAGUUAUUACGGAGAUACGAAAUUUACUUUAAAGACAUGUCUGCAAAUAAAACCGUGCCGAUUAGGGAGGUGAAAGCCGAACAUGUGGGUCGGUUGGUGACUGUGAGGGGCAUUGUCACCCGGAGCACUGAAGUUAAACCAAUGAUGUCUGUGGCUACUUACACUUGUGACCAAUGUGGUGCAGAGACCUAUCAGCCUGUGGCGGGUUUGAGCUUCAUGCCGGUGUUGAUGUGCCCCAGUGAGGACUGCAGAGUCAAUAAGUCCGGGGGGCGCUUGUAUCUGCAAACCAGAGGUUCCAAGUUUAUUAAAUUCCAGGAGAUUAAAAUACAGGAGCAUAGCGACCAAGUACCUGUGGGGCAUAUUCCGCGCACGUUGACUGUGUUUUGUCGGGGCGAAGUGACCAGACAAGCGUUACCGGGGGACCACGUCGCGGUGACCGGGGUGUUCCUGCCGCUUGUAAGGAGCGGCUUCAAACAGAUAAUGGGGGGGCUGCUUUCAGAAACUUACGUAGAAGCUCACAGAAUCGUCUCUUUGAACAAAACCGCCGAAGAUGAAGACUCGUCUAAGCCCCUCACCCCCGAGGAGCUCGAAACUUUAACCGAAGAUGAUUUUUACACGAAACUGGCGGUGUCGCUGGCCCCUGAAAUCUAUGGCCAUCUAGAUGUGAAAAAAGCGCUCCUUCUUUUGUUAGUGGGGGGCGUCGAUCGCCGUCCCGAUGGUAUGAAAAUCCGCGGCAACAUCAACAUUUGUUUGAUGGGUGACCCCGGAGUUGCCAAAUCCCAGUUAUUGGGGUACAUAGACAGAUUGGCCCCGCGUAGUCAGUACACGACCGGAAGGGGCUCCUCGGGCGUCGGUUUAACAGCUGCGGUGAUGAAGGACCCCAUGACUGGCGAAAUGAUGUUGGAAGGGGGCGCGCUGGUUUUGGCUGAUCAAGGGGUUUGUUGUAUUGACGAGUUUGAUAAAAUGGCUGAUUCUGAUCGGACGGCUAUACACGAAGUGAUGGAGCAGCAAACCAUCAGUAUUGCUAAGGCUGGAAUUAUGACGUGUUUAAACGCUAGAGUGUCGAUUUUGGCGGCUGCCAAUCCUGCGUUCGGUCGCUACAACCCCAAACGCACCAUUGAACAAAACAUUCAACUCCCGGCUGCUUUGUUGUCGCGUUUUGAUCUCUUGUGGUUGAUCCAAGACAAAGCUAAUCGUGACAACGAUUUAAGGCUUGCUAAACACAUCACCUACGUCCACCAGCACUGCAAGCAGCCCCCUAUGGAAACCCAAGCCCUUGAUAUGUCCGUAAUGCGCAAAUAUAUAGCUUUAUGUAAACUGAAAGAACCGGCAAUCCCGGAAGAAUUGACUGACUAUAUCGUGAACGCCUAUGUAGAGUUGCGUAAGGAAGCUAGGAAUUCCAAAGACAUGACUUUCACCUCAGCUAGGAAUUUAUUGGGGAUUUUGCGGUUGUCGACGGCUUUAGCAAGGCUCAGGUUGUCCAAUGUAGUGGAAAAAGAUGACGUGAAUGAAGCGAUUAGGUUGAUGGAAAUGAGUAAAGAUUCUCUGAAGCAGACGUUCGAAGGAAGGGGGUACAGGCCACCAAAUGUGAACGACCAGAUCUUCGGAAUUGUUCGAGAGUUAGCGGGGGAUGCGAAGACCGUCAAGAUCGCCGAUGUCGUGGAAAAAUGUGCCACCAAGGGGUACAAUCCGGAUCAAGUGGAUUCGUGCAUUGAAGAGUAUGAGGAAUUGAAUGUUUGGCAAGUAAAUCAGACCAGAACAAAGAUAACUUUCAUUUAGGUUUAAGUUUUUUGUAUGAUUAUGUUUGUACUAAUUUAAUAAAGGAUUGAUUCAC